GCAGGCCCGAGUCGUCCUCCCGGGCCCGGGCGAGCUUGGGCGGAGGAGGCCAGAGCAAGAUGGCGACCCGAGUGCUGCUGCGGCGGAGCCUGGGGGGAGCCGGCGGGCUGGGCAGAGCAGGGCCUCGCCUCCCGGCCCGCGGCAGCCUGGCCCUCAGAAAUCAGAACCUGCUGGUUGAAUUUCAGGGGCUGGCAUCAUCAACUAACAGAGCAGGUGAAGACAGCUGGUUAAAAUCACUCUUUGUUCGCAAAGUGGAUCCAAGGAAAGAUGCUCACUCCAAUCUACUAGCCAAAAAGGAGACCAGCAGUCUGUAUAAAAUACAGUUUCACAAUGUAAAGCCAGAAUAUCUAGAUGCCUACAACAAACUUUGUCAAGAGGUGCUGCCAAAGAUUCAUGAAGAGAAACACUACCCGUGUGCACUGGUGGGGACUUGGAACACGUGGUACGGAGAGCAAGAUCAGGCUGUACAUCUCUGGCGGUAUGAGGGAGGCUAUCCAGCUCUUACUGAGGUCAUGAAUAAGCUCCGACAAAAUAAAGAAUUCACGGAGUUUCGCAAAGAAAGGGGUAACAUGCUUCUCUCUCGCAAGAACCAGCUUCUGUUGGAGUUUAGUUUCUGGAAUGAACCUGUUCCCAGGGAGGGUCCUAAUAUUUAUGAACUGAGAUCUUAUCAACUUAGACCUGGAACAAUGAUUGAAUGGGGCAACUACUGGGCUCGUGCUAUUCGUUUCCGACAGGACAAUAAUGAAGCAGUUGGAGGAUUUUUCUCACAAAUCGGACAGUUGUAUAUGGUUCAUCAUCUUUGGGCUUACAAAGACCUCCAGUCCAGAGAAGAUACAAGAAAUUCUGCAUGGAAUAAACAUGGCUGGGAUGAACUAGUAUAUUAUACAGUGCCACUUAUUCAGGAAAUGGAGUCCAGAAUCAUGAUACCAUUGAAGAUCUCUCCACUUCAGUAGUUAUUGACUUACCUGUGCCUACAUAGGUUGAAGUGACAAAUAUUUGUCUUAAAUUAAUUUGAUGGUAUACAUCAUAUAUCAUGGUCAAAGAAACAUAAAAGUAUCAUAUUGAGCUUGUCAAAGAAACCUUUUUUCUUCAGAAUCUAAAGACUUUAUGCAUUUAGAAAUGUACCGGGGAAACAAUAAUAGGGUUGUAGUUUAAGAACUCAAGACAUACCCAGUUCAUCUGUGCAACUGGCACCUUGAACUGAGCCUGGCAUACAAGUAUGUGGUGUGUCCUGAUGUCUACUGAUGCCCACGCUUCAGUAGCAGCAAAGGGAGAGUUGCACAUCUGCCAUUUAAAGUCUUGAACUAAUGCUGUAUUUAAAUCCUGGGGAAAUUGUUACAGUUCAGGGGGCUUUUGUAUAAUGGAAAAUGUAUAUUUGUUUUGUAGUCAUUACCGAUUGAAAAAUCAGUGUUGGUUGGUUCCCAUAAAUAGGAGAGAUUUAAACAAAGCUUUGUAUCUGAGAAAUUCAUACCAUUAUAUCAGUUUUAUUGGGAAUUGAGCCAGUAAAUAAUUAAGAAUUUACAAAGUAGCCAAGAAUAUUUAAAUUCUAACGUGCAGUAGAAUUACUGAACUACUCUCACUUGUAAACAAAGUGCAAGUAUUAGUGGAAAAUGAAUUACAAAUCAGGUGAUAGUUGAAUAUACAGACAAUAGUGGAUUCCAUUUUGAUAAGGCUCUGAAGUAGAAACAAAUAAACAUCCAUCUAGGUGUCUAUAUCUGGAACUAACUUUAUGAAAUUAUUUAAUCAAUGCUUUGGGCUGUAUGAUCUAUAGUAUUGGAGUAGACAUUUGCAAGGAACACUGGUGUGAAAUUUUACAGGCACUCAUGUUUUGUUAAUCGUCUAUUUCUGAAAAUAAUUCUGAAGGCUAGGAAAAGAGGUUUUGUUUAAUAAGCAAUCAUGACUUCAGAUAUAUGCUUGAUCAGGUAUUUCACUAAUAAUACAGUAGGUGCAUCUGAAAUGAUGUGUGAUGAUGGCGCAUGUUGAGUCAAUAUGAUUAGCAUAAAGCAAUGUAUCGUUAUGUCCGGUUCUGUUUUGAUUUCACUUUUAGAUUAGAGCAUAUCAACUUUUUAGUAUCUAUAAUGACGUGACCAUCCUGUAAGUGAAAACAAUGUCUAUUCAAACUAGUUAAAGAAUCACUGUAAUAUAUUGUAUGUACAAAUCGCAUACUGAAUGUCCAGUUUGUACAUUUCAAUGAGUUUUUUCUGCAAUAACAUAUCAGUCAAUAAAAUCCUUUUAAUUUUCACAUA